CUGAUCAAAAAUGAUGCGGAUCUUUCGUUAAAGUCUGUUUCCUCCACGAAUAGUGUCUACUGUACAUGGCUGGAGUUAUAUCUUAAGUGGGGUUAUUGUUUAAUUAUGCUUAGGCAUCACAGAGAUGACUGGUUUUGCUUCAGUUUAGGUUAAAGUAAGGGGUAAGGGGCAUUAUAAAUCGAUGGGGAACAGACUUUGAUACAACAACGGAGGAUUCCAUCACAAGUUAUGUACCUGUUCUUUGUCAAUUUUUUCGAUGGUACUUGUAUUUUGAUAGAGACAUUGCCAUUUGACUUAUAACGCGAUAGAGCUUUUAAUAUUAGGUAUGAACGUGGGAAUUAUAAUACAAUGUGGUAAUAUAUUUACCUUGACCGAGGUUUUUUUUGUUCAGGCAUUGUCUUUAACAGCCUUCUGUGUAGAAAGGACCAAGCAUUCCACCAUGGCUGCGUCCGGUGGAACUUUAGAUUGUGAGGACUUUUCAAUGUUUCAGGAGAUGCUGAAGGUGAUGCGCAACAUAGAUGACCGCAUCGUCUAUGCGCUGAACACCACAGUGCCCACAGUCUCCUUCACAGGCAAAGUGGAUGCCACGCACACGUGCAAACAACUCUAUGAAUCUAUGAUGGACGCCCAUCUGACCAGAGACAGAGCUAUCAAGUCCUGUAUAGCUCAAACUUCAGAGGAGAUGAGACAACUGCGUGAACAAAGAGCAAAAGACAGCGACAACCUGGCACUCAUCAAACUGCUCAGAAAGGAGCAGACCAAGUUAAAGCUUAUGCAAUCAGAGCUGAAUGUUGAAGAAGUUGUCAAUGAUAGAAGUCUGAAGGUUUUCAGUGAAAGGUGCAGAAUCCACUACACGCCUCCGAAGGUGAAGUGAAACUCCGUCUGAUGAGAGGAGCUGCUUCACUCGAGGUUCAAAUCCCGACUGGAGCUGAAACUACGACCUGCUGCUGAGUCCUGACUGCAGGCUGCAGACCAUCCAGACCGACCUGACCUCUUCUCCAACACACUUGUAUUCCAUUGUGUCUGUUGCAUUGCAUUACCACAGCUGUACAGCAGUCUUUAGUGUGUUCUUUAAUGAGAAACAUUGUACAAAAUGAGUGUUUUUUUGUUUGUUUUUUAAAAAGACAAUAAAAUCUU